AUGAGGAUGUUGUUAUAUUAUUUGGUAUUCUUCUUCUUGCUCAUCCAUUCUCAACUUUUCAUUUCAUCAUCUUCGUCUUCUCCUGACCAUGCACCCCAAUGCCAUCCUCAUGAAAGCUCUGCCCUUCUCCAACUCAAGACCUCAUUCAAAUAUCCUGCUCCUGGAACUGCAUUUCAUGCUAUAGACACCUGGAAUAACGAAAAUUGUUGCACGUGGGACGGAAUCACGUGUGACAAUGUUAUAGGCCACGUCAUCGGUUUGGAUUUGUUUGCUUGGAGCCUUCAAGGCACUAUCAGUUCCAACAGCACUCUCUUCAAACUCCACCAUCUCCAAACCCUUCAACUUUCUGAUAAUGAUUUUAGAGAGUCCUUCAUUGUACCAGAGUUUGGCAAAUUCAAGAAUAUGACCUCUCUUGAUCUGCGCUACUCCAACUUCAGCGGUCAUGUCCCUUUAGAGAUAUCCCAUCUUUCCAAAUUGGAUUAUCUCGCACUUGGUGGGGGGUAUAAAGUCAUGAUAGGGGAAAAUACCUUUAAAGCACUUUCUCAAAACUUAUCCAACUUGACAAGUUUCUACCUAGUUAGUAUUGAUUUGUCUUCUCUCUCACUAGUAAUCUCUGUCAAAAAUUUCCCCUCUUUAAUGUAUAUAGAUCUCGACAAUUGUAAGUUGAGUAGGAAGCUGCUAGAGAGUAUUUUUGAGUUGUCGAAUCUCACCGGUCUUUCUUUAGAAGAUAAUGAAGCACCAAAUGUCUCUCUCCCAACAUCUAAUUGGAGUAGUGCACUUAACAGUUUAACUCUCCGUCAUAACACCUUCUCCAUUGACUUACCUCUAUUAUUGAAAGAUAUCCCAAAAUCUUUAUCUUCUUUGCAAUUAAGUUUCAGUAACUUAGUUGGUCCACUUCCGGACAACAUUCAAUUUUAUGACUCAUCAAACCAUCUCGUGCAUAGUGCUCCAAAUUUCACUGAUUUGAUUUUAUCAAACAACUUACUCAACGGGACAAUACCAACAUGGAUAUAUGCCCUACCGUAUUUGGAGUAUUUAGACCUCAGCGACAACCAAUUUACUGGGGAGAUAAUUCGAGAUUUUGAAACUACUUCAUUCGGUGAAACUGUGUUUUUGGGCAUCACUCCAAGAUCAACAUUACAAAGUCAAAACCUCCGACAUUUGGAUCUCUCAUCAAAUAAGUUCAGUGGUACUUUGGAAUUGGAAAAGCUUUUAAUUUCCAAAAGGUUAGCAUAUCUUGACCUUUCCUCUAAUAAUAUUUCAGUAACUUUUGGAAACACCAAAAACUAUAGUUUGGAUAAUCUUGAGGAAUUAUAUCUGUCUUCUUGCAACAUUACUGAGUUCCCACACAUUUUAAAAUCUUCAAAAAUAUUAUCUACCUUAGAUCUCUCCCAUAAUCAGAUUCAAGGAAGUGCUCCUAAAUGGUUAUGGGAGGUGGGAAAGAAUUCUCUCUACAACUUGACUCUUUCUCACAAUUUUUUAACAUAUAUAGAGCCUCUUCCAUGGAAUAGGUUAUUAUAUCUUGAUCUCAGUUCCAACUCGUUCUCAGGACCUCUUCCAAUUAUUGCAUCAUAUUUUCUAUCGUUCAUCUCAGUAGCCAAAAAUCAAUUUGUGGGAGAGAUCCUAACUUCCUUUUGCAACAUGUCAUUCCUUGAGGUGCUUGAUUUAUCUUCGAAUAACUUGAGUGGUAUCAUUCCUCGAUGCAUUGUAAAACAUGGUAAACGUCUUUCGGUCUUGAAUUUUUCUAGGAACAAAUUAUAUGGUACUAUCCCCAACACAUUUUUAGUAGGAAGUACUUUGAGAAAUCUCAAUCUAAAUGGAAAUCAUUUAGAAGGCUCAUUGCCAAGAUCACUAGAAUAUUGCAAAAAUCUUGAAGUUCUAGAUCUUGGAAAUAACAUCCUCAACGACUCAUUUCCUCACUGGCUAGACUCUCUUCCAGCCUUACGGGUUUUAGUCUUGAGAUCUAAUAGGUUUUAUGGUUCGAUAGGAAAACCUAAAAUCAAAUAUCCUUUUCCUGAGUUAAGGAUUAUAGAUUUGUCCCACAAUGAGUUUGAUGGUGCUCUUCCAACAAAAUACUUUGUCAACUUCAAAGCUAUGAUUUUGAAUACAAAGAAUGUAGAACUGAAGUACAUGGGAGAGGAUUAUUACCAAGACUCUAUAACAGUGACCAUGAAAGGAUAUGAGUUAGAGUUGGUGCAUAUCCUAACUAUCUUUGUAACUCUUGAUUUCUCAUACAAUAAUUUUAGUGGAGAGAUUCCAGUGUUCCUUGGAGGGCUGAACGCACUCAAGGGCCUCAACAUUUCUCAUAAUAUGCUCAGAGGUACCAUACCAUCAUCAUUGGGAAAUUUGACUAACCUUGAGUGGUUAGACCUCUCUGCUAACAAGCUAAGUGGGAAUAUUCCUUGGCAGUUGACCGAUUUAAUAUGGCUCCAAAUCUUAAACCUUUCAGAAAACAAACUCGUGGGACCAAUACCCAAUGGUAAGCAGUUCAAUACUUUUAGCAAUGAUUCAUUCAAAGGAAAUUUAGAUUUGUGUGGUUUUCCACUGUCCAAACCAUGCAACGAGGAAUAUGAAGGAUCGACCAUGGAGCAAGAAAAUGAAUCGGAGGAUGCAAAUGGAUUUACUUGGAAAGUUGUGCUAUUGGGUAAUAAUAAUGAUACUUUGCCCAAUAUUCUUUCUGAAUUACAUUUGUCUUCAUGUGGCAUAAGUGAGUUCCCAUACUCCUUAAGAAGCUUAGAAAAUUUAAGAUACUUGGAUCUCUCCAACAAUCAAAUCGAAGGGAGUGUUCCCCAAUGGCUAUGGAAUAUGGGUAAGGAUUCAUUGCUUCAAAUCCUUGAUUUGUCAAAUAACAAUUUGAGUGAGAACAUUCCUCCAUGCUUAGGAAAUUCAAGUCUCCGUGUGCUAGAUUUGCACAAGAAUAAGCUUCAUGGCUUGAUUCCUUCACAUUUUGCAAAGGGAAACUGCCUAGGUGUUUUGAAUCUCAAAGAAAAUCAAUUGGAAGGUUCUUUACCAAAGUCUUUGCUCAAUUGUAAAGAGUUGAAAUUUUUAGAUAUUGGAAUCAACAAGAUAAAUGGAGCAUUCCCCUGGUGGUUGGAAUCUCUUCCGAAUCUCCAAGUUCUUAUCUUGAGAUCUAAUAGAUUUCAAGGUCCAAUAGGCAAUCCCAAGUUGAGACAUCCCUUUCACAAUUUGAGAAUCAUGGAUCUCUCUGGCAAUGAAUUUACUGAUCAUUUGCCCCAAAAAUAUUUUAAGAAUUUUGUGGGAAUGAUGAAUGCUACUUCAGAUUACUUGAGAUACAUGGAAUAUCCAACACUAAUUCGAUAUUAUGAAAGCAGUUCAUUGACAAUAAAAGGAUAUUAUCCUGAGUUAGAGAAAAUCCAAACCAUGCUUAUAUUCAUUGACUUCUCAAGAAAUAACUUCACAGGAGAGAUCCCAGAAUUGCUUGGUAAGCUCAACUCACUCAAAGGGCUCAAUUUUUCACAUAACAAGAUAUCUUGCAAUAUUCCACCAUCCUUGGGAAAUUUGACCAAUCUGGAAUGGUUAGAUCUCUCCUCGAAUGAGCUUGUUGGGAAGAUUCCAUGGCAAUUGGCAGCAAAUCUAAAUCAACUCCAAAUUUUAAAUCUUUCUGUGAACCAAUUGGAGGGGCUUAUACCUCGCAGUCGACAAUUUGAUACAUUCACAAACGAUUCAUACAAAGAGAAUUUGGGCUUAUGUGGGUUUCCAAUUUCAGAAUCAUGCAACGAGGACACCAUACACCAAUUUCAGCAAGAGGACAAUGAGGAGCAUGUGAAGGGAUUUGAUUGGAAAAUUGUGUUAAUAGGAUUUGGAAGUGGAAUGGUUAUUGGAAUUUCGAUCGGAUACAUGUUCCUUACCGAUCAAAACAUUGAUGGGAUUGUCAAAACAUUGAAAGGAGAACAAUGGCAUCUUAUGGCAAAAAGAUCAAAGCAGAGGAGGGCUCGUCAAAAUGUUGGAAUUGAGAGAAGACAUUAG